CAAACUGAAGCGGCUACGCAUCUGAAGAAUCAACACUUUUUUUUAAUUUUAUCUUAAAUGUAUGUCAAUUCUGUAGAGGAUCAGAGAAGAAACAUCUGUAACUGAAGGUGUGGGACCAUGUUGGAAUUAAAUAAGGUGGCACUCCUGCUGUCUGUCCUGGCUGCAGUGGCUCUGGGCCAAGGACCUUUGAGGACCAGGAGCCAGUCAGACAGGAUCAGGAGAGUGGCCCUCAACAAGUUCACUGACACUCAGACAACAGGCGUGACAGAGUGGACGUCUUGGUUCAACAUCGACCAUCCUGGAGGGAAUGGAGACUAUGAGCGCCUGGAGGCGAUCCGUUUCUAUUACAGGGAGAGGGUUUGUGCUCGGCCCACGGCCAUGGAGGCUCGCACUACAGACUGGGUGGCAGCGGCAGAAACCGGGGAAGUGAUCCACUCCAGUCUGGAGAAAGGUUUCUGGUGCAUCAACAGGGAGCAGCCACUGGGCCGCAUCUGCUCCAACUACCAUGUCCGCUUUCAGUGUCCCCCAGUGCAGAGCUACUGGACUGACUGGAGUGAGUGGGGUCCCUGUUCAACUGCGGUUUGUGACGACGUAGGCAUCCAGGUCCGCCAGAGGAAAUGUGUGAACACCCAGCCCAUGCCUCUCCUGUUAGUGCCAGCGUGCCUGGGGCACCAUUCAGAAAGGAGGGAGUGCUCCAACCCUCCAUGUACAGCCAAGUGGAAUCGGUGGGGUCGGUGGGGUACGUGUUCAGCGACCUGUGGUGGAGGUCGCAGGAUUAGGAGGAGGACCUGUGCGAGGAGCUCAGCAACAGUUGAGUGUACUGGACGGCCUGUUGAAAUACAGAAGUGUGGGAAGAGUCCAUGCCCAGCCAAAUGUCAGCUUGUGUGCACCGAGGGCCGCCCCAACGAGGACUGCAGCCGGUGUACGUGUGACGACCACGUGGUGCACGGAGAAGUCCACAGUGUGACUGGUGCCCCUGUGGGAGGAGCCUGGGUGGCACUAGCCAGCCACCCCAAGGUGAUCCGUGCCCUUACAGAUGCCAAAGGUCAGUUCAGGCUCACAGGAAUCUGCUCCUCCAGCUCCACCUUGAUCUCCAUCAAGAAGGAUAAGUUUACCCCGAUCACCAUCUCCACCUCCAGUAACACCACAGGGUCGUCCUGGGUACGGGCUGUCCUCAAAUCAGCCGAAAAGCCGUACAUUGUGAAGCACCCGGAGGACAAAGUGCGUUAUGAUGGAGGACGGGUGAUGCUGUGCUGCAAGGCAACGGGAUCGCCAACACCUGAUAAAUACUACUGGUACCACAAUGGGACACUGCUGGACAGGAAGGUGCACAAGUAUGAAGAUGAGCUUGUACUGUGGAACCUGAAGCCGGAGCAGUCGGGGCAGUACUACUGCAAGACCAGCAGCUCUGCAGGCAGCAUCAAGUCCUCUCCAGCCCUCCUCACUGUGAUCGCAAAAGGAAAGCCAGCGUGCAAUCCCACCCCUGAGACGCACCUCAUCAGACUGCCGGUGGACUGCGUUCAACCCGGGACGGACUCCAUGCACUACAACGCUGGCCGCUGUCCUCACAACAAAUGUGCUGGCUCCCUAGACUUUGAUAUGCGCUGCAGAGAUGGAGCUGGGUUCUGCUGCGGCGUCCAAAAUAUGGAAAGUCGAAUCAUCGACUGUGGGAGAUACAGCCUCCCUAUCCGGGCGGUGACGCAGUGCAGCUGUCAGAAGUGUUUGCAGCCCGCUGUGCUGGUUCGUGGCAGAGUGGUCACAGCUGACAAUGGCGAGCCUCUGCGUUUUGGGCACAUCUACAUCGGUAAAGAGAGGGCAGGCACCACUGGAUACCAAGGAGGUUUCACAUUGCAAAUUACGCCGGAUACGCAGAGAUUAGUGGUAAACUUUGUUGACCCCACUGAGAAGUUUCUAGACACUCCUAAAGUGUUCAUCCUUGAUAAGAAAGGUGGGUCCAUCUACCACAAUGUGAAGGUGAUGAGAAAGCAGACACCAAUUGAUAUCAAUGCAGGAGAGACCAACUCUAUUAACCUAGGGGAUAUUGAAGGGGAAGACCCCAUUGGUCAGCUGGUGAUUCCUCCCAACUCCUUCCACAAGGACAAUGGAGACAUCUAUGAGGGUACUGUGAAAGCCAGCGUCACAUUCAUUGACCCAAGAAAUAUCACCACGGCGGCCGCGGCCCCUGGCGAUCUCAACUUUGUGGACGAUGAGGGCGACAUGCUCCCUUUGAGGACCUACGGCAUGUUCUCUGUGGACUUCAGAGAUGAAGCCAACAAGGAGGUACUCGGCGCUGGAGCUGUUCAAGUUCUUCUCGACACGCAGCACGUCAAAAUGCCAGAGCACAUUCCCAAAAUGAAGCUGUGGUCUUUAAACCCAGACACAGGAGUCUGGGAAGAGGAGAGUGACUUUUCCUACACCGCAACAACCGCUGAUGGUCACGGGCGGAGCAAACGAGAGGACCGCACGUUCCUCAUAGGUAACAUGGAGAUCAGAGAACGCAGGCUCUUCAAUUUAGACGUGCCUGAAAACAGGCGCUGCUACGUCAAAGUCCGUGCCUACAUGAGUGACAAGUUCCUGGCUAGUGAACAGCUGGAGGGCGUUGUGAUCAGCUUGAUCAAUCUGGAACCCAAACCUGGAUAUUCCUCUAAUCCUAGGGCGUGGGGCCGCUUUGACAGCGUCAUAACUGGAUCCAACGGGGCCUGUUUACCAGCUUUCUGUGACGCAAUAAGGCCUGACGCUUACACCGCUUAUGUCACAGCGACGAUGGGUGGGGAAGAGCUGGAAGCAGCUCCCUCUACCCCCAAGAUGAAUCCAAACAUUAUUGGAGUGUCUCAGCCGUAUCUGGAUAAAAUAGACUACCAGCGCUCAGACCACGAUGAUCCAGCUCUGAAGAAAACAGCCUUCAGAAUCAACUUAGCAAAACCUAACCAAAAUAAUUUUGAUGAGACCAAUGGGCCAAUAUAUCCGUAUCAGAAUUUAUUAGGUUGUGAAAAUGCCCCUAUUGAUGCAAAUCAUUUCAGAUUCUUCAGAGUGGAAAAGGACAAGUAUGAAUACAACGUUGUUCCCUUUGAGGAGAAUGAUUUGACGACCUGGACGGGAGACUACCUCUCCUGGUGGCCCAAUCCCCAGGAGUUCAGAGCUUGCUACAUUAAGGUCAAGAUCCACGGACAGAAGGAAGUGAUGGUCAGGUCGAGGAAUCUGGGAGGAACACACCGACAAACAAAAGGCAAACUUUAUGGCAUAAGAGACAUUCGUAGCACCCGGGACAUGCGAGAAGCCAACAUCUCAGCAGCCUGUCUAGAGUUCAAAUGCAGCGGCAUGUUGUUUGAUCAGGCUCAGGUGGACAGAUCCCUCAUAUCAGUUCUUCCACAGGGGAACUGUCGCAGGACUGGCACCAACGGUCUCCUACAAGAGUAUCUCAUCAAACAUCCACCAGUCGCUCAAAACAACGAGUCCCAUGUAUUCACCAUGCUAUCCCCCGUUGAUCCUUUGGGACACAACUACGGCAUCUACACAGUCACAGACCAGAACCCCAGGGUGGCCAAGGAGAUUGCUAUAGGCCGCUGCUUUGACGGCACCUCGGACGGUUUCUCCAGGGAGAUGAAGACGGACACAGGAGUGGCACUGACCUUCAGCUGUCCAGAGAGGAAAAUUAACAGAGAAAGCCUUUUCCAACGUCUGCAGACCAACCCGGGUCAGACUCUGUCCCAGAUGGCGAGGAGCAUGAGGGAGUCGGAGGGCCUGCAGGUGCAGGGAUUAGCCACCCAGGUGGUGGCCUAUCCUUCAGAGCAACAGGGCAGGACCCAGAGUCGCAGAGUCAGCUCGACAACCAGGAGGAGAGCGUCCAUGCGCACACAGCAACGCCAAUAAGUGUUCCAAGGUCUUCCGUCAAGACUGAUAUGACGUCAUCAAAUCGAGGAGGUAAAAGUUGCCCGUCUGUUGAUGAACUCCCUCUUGACUAUGGAAACCACAAAAAACGAGGCAGACAGCAAUUCAGCGAAACCAGUGAGAGUGGUUGAAGAUAUUCAUUACACUUACCGGCAUACUUACUUGAAGGGUUUGGUAUAUUAAUUUCUUCCUUCCCUACGAAAAGACUUGCAUCAUUUGAAUGUGUAACGCGGUGACCGGCACUUACUGUACUUACUGUACUUAAUUAGCUUUGGUCUAAUUUUAUGUAUGAAUAGACUAAAUUGACGUUUGAGAAUGUAACUUUUAUACUUCUAAUUUGUGGCAUUUUUUUGCUGACGUCUCUCUUCGCUUGAGUUGAAACCAAAACUUCACAAACUGUAAAUACUACGCCAGGCCCCUAACACUUUAUAAUUGGCUUUCCACUAAACUUCUCUUCAAGAUCAGAAAGAAAUCAACUUGAGAUCCUCGUUGUCUGCAAUAGACACUGAGUCUCUUUUUCUACAAAGUCUCUCCACCAAGCGGAGGCAGCGGGGUGAGGCAUGCCACCCAGGGAACAGAGGAUGUUUUCAGUCAUGCUUCUUAAUGUUUUUCAUUAACAUGCCACAUUGCUAACUGUGAUUCAGCCAAACGUUCUUUCACACCUACUUCAAAUGUGCAAGACCGAGGCCUCCGCCAAGACAAGCAUGGAUCUCACUAGUGGCAGGCUGUCUUAAAUGAGGAUAGUUGAUUGAGAGGUAUGACAUAAUUUCCUUUUGUCCAAAUAAGCAUCACCAAAGAAAAUAUCACUUAAAAGUAAAUAUUCCCAAAUAUCCCACUUUCUCAGAAAACCCUUACAGAGACUCAUUCAGGGUCUAAAUUCACUUUGUUUUUGUUGUUGUUGGGUAAUGUGCUUAUGAGCUGCCUUUUGUAUCUUGAAGUGCAAUAACUAUAUAAUUUAACUUAAGAAUUCUUAAAGAUCAGCAUGUAACGAACUAUAACAGUACAUAAAAAGUGCUGCAGGUGAAUGAAGCAACAGCUCCUUCAGAUAGUGGGGUUAAGGCGUUUGUACGAGACCUUGCACAGGACUCAAUUCAACUGCUACACUAUGUAAUCAACUCUCUGAACUGCCUAGAAUCUAUUAACCUUUUCAUACUUUGCUGCAUGACUCAGUUGAUUUUUUACAAUUUAUACACCAGAGUAAUCUUUUCAACUUCAGAGAGCAAUCUUGUUAGAGGGAGUUAAAACUCUCAGCAGAGCCCUCUCUUCAUUAACAAAACCCACUGUAUGAUUCUUACUCGAGAGUGAUAAUUAAAAAGUGACACACUUGUGAAUUUACUGGCCACGUUUUCAUAAAUCCUGUCAAUGCGACACUAUAAGUAUAUUUCUGCCCGGUCUCACCAAAUAAAAACUAGGCCGACAGACGCUCACCGAUGGCCCCAAACUGUCUGACAGUUAAAUAACACACAAAAAUGUAACACACGAACAUGUGGCUUAUAAGUGACACGCUUAAACAAAGUCUAAAAUGCGUUAUCAUGACACAGGGAAUGUCCUUAAAAUGUCGAGCUAUUUAUACACCUUCCAUGAGAUUGGGUUGGUACAUUUUAAAGUAUACAUCUUGAUACUGUAGAUACUGAGACAGAUAAUUAGACUUAGAUAACGAAUAUUAGUCUAUUUUAAUUGAGGUUGGUGAUAGGAAGAAACUCCCCUCGGUGAUAAAAGGCGCCAAACUUGUUUAUCUGCUAAAUGAGCACUUGCAGACCCAAAAAAAAGCUCUUCAAGCUGAACUAAUCCAAAACCAUAUAAGGGGAACCGUAGUCCAUGGAGAAACCACGAGAGGCUUACGAGUAAAUAUAAGCCUGCUGUUAAUUAGAAAGUAAAUUACAUAUUCUCCUGAGGACUAUUAAAACAGUUUGACCCUGACUUUCACAAACAGCCAAACAAUUUAAUUUCCAGGAAACACAGGCUGGAAUUAACAACAAUAAACAAUAUACUGGGCCCAAAAGGAUUAUGUUAAAACAUAUGUACCAUUUAAAUGGCUCCCAGCACAUUGUACAGACAACUCCAUUUAAGCUUGAUUAUAUUUGUAUUCCCAAUGUGCAACAGCUUUGUUUGUGUGCUAUAAAGGUGCAAAUGCAAAGUUGUAUGUAUAAAUGAAAACCAUAUAUUGUAACCCCAAGUCUUGGCCCCACGUCAAAAAAACAAUCUUUUUCCAUUAUGUACUUUGAGUAGCACACUCCAGAAAAACACUCAAAAAACAGAGUAAUAUGGAGUGACAACACGUGAUACCUUCGCCAUUAUCACCGACCUCUCUAAUCACAGGCCUGCGGGCCGUCCACGACUCAGAAGUUCAGAUCUCCAGAUGAAAACAAACAUCUCCCCGCAGCAGUCGAAGCAUCCACCCUGUAAAAAAAAAAAAA